UUUCUUUAUUAUUUUCUUCUAUUAUUUUUAUAAUUAUAUUUUUAUUCUUUUCUAACACAUUGUUGUUUGUUUGUGUUUCUCCAUCUCCACCGAUGUUGAGAUCAACAAGGAUAAUCAGAUGUGGAUAUUCCAUGAUUCGUAAGCUUGGCAAUUGCGUUGAUAAGAAGUUACAGAAUCAUUAUAACUAUACUUUGAAAAAGGUUGAAGAAGACCUCAAAGAGAUUACUGAUGUUUACAUCCACGAGUCGUCGGACAUGGAAGCCAUUGUGAAGCUGAGGGAUGAGGGCAAGUGGCCAAUAGGCACCAACGUGGUCUAUGAGAUUGAUUCACUUCAGGGUGAAGAGCUCAAGAAAGUUGAGACCAUGGCCAGGAGUGCGGGCCUCAUUGUGCAGGAAGUAAAGAACUGGUUUGAGCCAGAACCAGAAAAGGGUAAAAGGGCAGAGCCAGGAUAUGUGGCGAAAGAAGGUGGAUAUGAGUCGGCAGACAUUGGAAAAGGAAGUACUAGUAACUAA